UUUCGGUCUAUUCUUCUGUCAAGAUGCUUCAUUCGGUUAUCUGCACUUUCAUACUAAAUGUCAUAAUUGUCGGAGCUAUAAAGUUUCAUCCCACCGAAGUAGGGAUUGGUGGUAGUGAACAAUUCGGAAUCGUCCCUUUCGGGGAAAAAUACACCAACGUCGAGUACGGUUCUGGAGUAGGAUACCCACAUGGUCUUGGGCAAACAGCUUACGCAUACAAUCCAAAAAUCGCCUACGGAGGUGGAUAUGCUGCGCAUAGCCCGAAUAUCGCCUAUAACGUCCCAAAGGCUGCAGGAUUUGGUCCUGCUGGUGUGGGCCAUGAAAGUUUCGUAUUAGGGUAUAAAGGUACAGAAGGGCUGGGCAUAGGAUCUGGGCAAACCUUAGGCGGCAUUGGUUAUGCGCCUAAAAUUGGCGCAGUAGGUAUACAUUCCGCUGGAAUCGGAUACGGAGGUGUUGGAGGAGGAAUAGGAUAUGGUGAUGGAGUUCAAGGAGUUGGCUAUGGUCAUUAUCCUGCUGUGGGAAUUGCCAAAGGCCCUGGAUACGGAUAUGGACCAGGAGUGGGUUACGGCAUUCCACAUGCCGGGGGUCUGGUUUCUACACUAGGACAUGGGGGAUUAGGUGUAGGAGGAGGUAACUUCAUCGGUGGUUCGCAAAUCGACAAAAAUAUCUACAACGCAGAAAACAGGAAUGUUAUCGGGGACCAUUACUCAGCAAGUCAUGGUAAAAACGGGGAAGUACUGAAUCACGGAGAUGCAGGAUUUACAACAGGACAGGUUGCUUUGAAAGACAUCAAGGGGGAGACAGUUCAUUUUUCAGAUACCGAUGGAGUGAACAAUGCACACCAUGCUGGUAAAGCCUACCAUGGUGGAGAGCAUUUUGAUAAAGGAGGUAAACACGGAGCCGAACAAGUCCUAAACGAGAAUCACAAGAAAGGACACAACAUCAAAAGUUUCAAAAAAUCCCAUCAUCUAGACGAGUCGGGUAAAACCGAAGAGUUCUACGACGAAGAUCACGAUGAGGGAGGAAAUUACGCCUUUGAUGGUCAUGUUGGAAAAUUCGGACAGAGUGGCAAGCGAUCAAAAUUUUCAAUGCUUUUUCCGUUUCGGGAAAGAAGGAAUUUGUUUCUUUUAGGACAUCAACAACUGUAA